AAUAGCGCACACGCACGCACACACAGACACAGACACACACACACGCCCGCGCGCUCCAAGCUCGUUUUGGCUCGCGCUCGCUGGCCUCGCCGUGAGCGGCGCACCGCGUUCGUGCGCUUUGUUGUUACCGGAAACCUUCGACCUGAGCGCUCGAUCUCAGCUCGCCAUGCGAUGGAUAUUCUGUGGCAAUACCAGUUCAGGAUUAUUCUGCUCGGCGACUCAACGGUCGGCAAAUCGUCUCUGCUUAAACGCUUCACGGACGGUGUGUACAGCGAUGUGGCGGACCCGACGGUCGGGGUGGAUUUCUACGCCCGAUCACUCGAUAUAGAACCGGGGGUGAAGAUUAAAUUGCAGCUCUGGGACACCGCCGGGCAAGAGAGAUUCAGGUCCAUUACGACUUCCUACUACCGCAAUUCAGUGGGUGGCCUCCUGGUGUUUGACCUGACCAAUCGCAAGAGCUUCGAGCAUGUGCGUGAAUGGCACCGCGAAGUCACCGAGCACAUCAUGCCACACCACAUGGUCUACAUCUUGAUCGGCCACAAGAGCGACCUGAUCCGAGAGCGCAAGGUGCUCCGUGACGAGGCUGAGCAGCUGGCGGCUGAGUUGGGUGUGCGCUACGUGGAAACGUCAGCCAAGUGCAACAGCAACGUGGAGCGUGCCUUUGAGCUGCUAGCACGCGACAUCUAUGAGCUGAUGAAGAUGGGCGAGAUCUCGGCGCGUGACGGCUGGGACGGCGUCAAAAGCGGCCUCACGGCUAAAGUCCUCUACCCUGCUGAGGAAGAGGCAGAGAGGGAGAAGAGCUGCAACUGCUGACCUGGGACAUUCACCUUUAUCCUCUCACCUGUGUGUCGGUCAGUCGUCCUUGCUGAGUUCACGCUUUCACUUCCUGUAUUGCAAGUCAGCCGCUUGUCCCUGCAUUUUCUGUCCCCAUCUUGAUAUGUGUGGUUCUAUGAAUAAGCACCAUGCAGUACUAGAAAAAAAAAGGCCUCCUUCUAAUGGGAUAGGCUUCAGGCUGGAUAAAUAAAAGCUUGAACGGACAGCACAAGGUUCUAAUCAAGAGCAGUAAGAUGCAGGAAGGCGCUUGGAGACAUCACUGGUUGAAAGAGAUGGCAGCGGACUUCUCGUUUCCCCCGUAUUCAUUUUGAGCUUUAAACCUUUUUUGUUUUAUUUAUGUCACACAGUGUUCGAUCACUGAAGAGGAAUGUAGUGUACUUUCUAUUUGUGGAAAGCCGUACUCCACCUAUUCCACCAGUGUACUUUCAUUUUCAAACGCUUUCACGUCAUGCCACAAGAACUCACACUUUGAAGAUACAUGUGAACUUGCUAGAUUUCAUUCCGAUCUUGUUAUUCAUUCAUUUAAGAAUGUUUAGUGCGGUUAAUAUGUAAAUUACUCAUGCAAAAUCAACGGUGGGAAAACUAAAACUAAGCAGCGGGACAACAUUGUACAUUGAGACACGGGAAUUCCCAGCUGGUCUGUAUAUUACUGCGUCUGUCAUUAUUAGUAGGUGAAAUUUUAGCAAUUCCAUGUGCCAAAAUUCUGGCCUCGUAAUACAGUACUGUAGGUAUUAUUACGUAAUAACAGAAACUUAUCAUCAAACUGAAAUCUUCAAUUGCAUCACCUCAGAGUUCUGUCUUGAGUCUUGUGACCAGAGAGAAAAAGGAGCGAAGAAUUCGAGUGCCAUUAUAUUUGCUCGGCCGUUAGCUCUGCCUUCUGCAGUGGCUGGACGUUCCUGCACCCUCUCAGAGACGCCGCUCCUUUAAGCUUCCUCUCAGUGAAUCAGUAAGCAGUGAGUAGGUACAUGGUCACGGUCAGCGCUAGAUGUGCCAAACUCGUAAUAACGUGUAAGGAAAAAAAACAUGGGGCUAAUCUAUUUAUACUGUAUGCAAUCCAGCUGUAAGUUAAAUAUGGAUUAUAUCUAAAUACUUUAUGUGUCUGUGAGGGUCAUUCAAUCAUCUAGGUCAUUUCGAUUCUCCAGUAGCAGCAGGUUCGACUUGAUCGAGAGCUUUUAUAUUCACACAUACAAGCAAAUCUUAUAGGAGCGUAAACUCUGCAGUUAAUAACCACCUUAAACAGAGAAGACGUGUUUAUUAAUUAGAUAAAAACCGUCCUUUUCUUUUUACUUCUUGUACAAAAACAAUUAUAUGCCCUAAAAGUUGGAUAAGGAUGUCUUAUAAGCUCAAAAGGCUGUUAUCAUACCUUAACUAGCCUACAAUGGUAGCUAACAUAUUAUACCAUGAAUCAGUUAUAUUCGUUAUAAUUUUGCCUUAAUUGUGCCCUAAAUGGCAUCAUCUUUUUUUAUUAUUAUUAUUAUUUAUUUAUUUAUUUUACGUAAUCUCCAUUUUGUACAAUGAGUCUGGAUUCAUUUAGAAACAAACGAUUUGAUUCGAUUCAUGAUUCAGUCAUUUGACUCAGCAUCAUAUAUAUAUAUAAAAUCUAAGUACUAAAAUAUAGAUUUUGAAGGCCAGUUUGUAGUAAAGAUGUAAAGGAAAAUAGCUAUCUAAAUUCCUGGGGAAUUUAAAAUAACAACAACAACAAAACCAACAUCAUUGGAAGGCAUGGAGAGACCAGUCUUUGUAUGUGCAGUAAGGAUUUAACUCUGCACUGAAAGGCACGUUUGUGUUUCAAGCCAGGUCUUGAAGGUUUCUAAUCCAAUCCAAAUCCAGCACAGAGGUGUGAAUGCAGGUAAUCUGAACGAUCUGCAUAACACACACUGAUUUACGCUUAGGCGCAAAAAUGCACAUAAAUAUCGGCAUGACGUUGAUUACACACUCGCCAACUCUGAACAUAAUCUGUGUUGAGGAAUUCUCCUUCCUUUUAUCAUCCUGGCAUGAAUGUGCAUUUAUUAUUUUAUGGUUAUUUAUAUUUACAGCUUUAUUUAAUAGCCUGAGUUUGGAACAUGCUGUAUGUAAGACAGCUGCGUUACACCAGCGCUCAUGUUCGUGUAAUCCUCGUAGGUAGCCAUGAGUGAUUUUCAGCUAAUGAAAUGAAACAGGCUCAUUCACAGACUACAGCUCACGUUACGGUUUUACUACCAGCAUCACCACACAGCUCCCUCUCUCUCUCUCUCUCUCUCUCUCUCUCUCUCUCUCCCGCAAUGGUAACAUAGAUGUGUUAAUGGAGUGUACUGUGAGUUCUUACUAACUAUAAAGCUAAUGCAAGCAGGGGCAUUUAGGAUGCAGCAUACUUAAUCUUACCUGGUCUGACGAGACUCUAGUGGGUGCUACAGGGCAGUAACUCAAAUAUAAAAGACGUCUUAGACGCGUUUAUAGUCACUAUAGCUUCACAAAUAUACAUACUGCUGUAUAAUAAUGACUGAUUUCUUCUCAGUUGGAAAAUUGGCCAUAUUCUAUGAUAUUCUCUUUUCCCACUUUUGUAGCCUCAAAUAUGAAAGAUCUGGAUACCGAACUAGAGGUUUGCUAUGACUUUACUGCUAGCUGCUACACACACACACACACACAGCAACUACUCAGCAACUAAUCACUCGAGUUCCUUCCAUCCCUUUCUUGGUGACUAACAUUACUAACAGGGUUUCUUUUGUAUAAGCAUUUUAUAAACUAGAUUGUCGUACCAUUGUGCGUGAAAAAUGUUAAUCAGAUGCUUUCUUUGGACGGUUGACAUGUCAGAGUCGGGUGGCUAGGUGAGUAGAUGGAUGGUAGAGUUAUAGAUGGAUGGAUGGAGAGGUAGAAGUUUCUAAAUAACCAGAAAAGAUUGUGGAUAGUUCUUUUUUUUUUGUGUAGCUGCUGGAGUAGUGGUUUGAACAGAGUUGGUGGAGAUGGGUUUUCAUUAACGAAUUAGUAGCGUCAGCGCUAAACUAAAGUGGCAGACACCAAAAAUAUCUCCGCUAAUCGAUUACAAUCGAGAAACGGCAGUAUUUCUGUAAUAUGCUGAUUUUUAUAGGAGUUAAAAUGCAUAUCUGCUGACUGUAGCAUCGCUGCCUCAUAGCUCCAGGGUCUCUAGUUCGAUCCUGAGUGAACUUACUGUCUGUGGACUUUUAUACUUCUCUCCCUCCGUCUAUGCCGGUUUACUCCAGGUUCUUCGACUUCCUCCCAACUCCAGAGGACAUGCUAGUCUGUGGAUGGGUGGGUCUAAAUUGCCUCUAGGUGGGAACAAGUGUGUGUGCAUGAUAGUCUGCAUUCCACAGACUGCCAUCCCAUCCAAAGUGUAUUCCCGCCCUCAGACCAAACAUUUCCGGGUCACACUGCAACUCUAACAGACGAUGACAGAGACGAAGACGUAGAUAUAUCCACUGAUGAUGACGACGACGGACAAAUCAGUACAAUCACUAUAUGUAGAUAAUUUAUAAAGAGCGUUGCAGUACCGUUUCGAAUUGUACAUUUCGCAUUACGUCCAUUAUUUAUAGCUGACUUAUGCAAUGUUUGAUUUCCUGACAUAUCUCACUGCUGAUGCACUCGAUGCUCUGUGCAUUAAUGUAUGUCUCUUGUUCUGCCACUAAAAUGAAUUCAUUAAUAUUUAUGCUUACAUUUACAAUAUCGUCAUAAUUUUAUUUAGUCAUAGAUUUCAGUUGAAAAUAUCAGAUUGGUUCAAAGGGACAUUACUCUGGAUCUUUUUUAAUAGCAUUUGUUUUGACGCCCCUUAAUAUUUAUUAAUGGUAGAAAGAACACACAUAGAGCGCAGUAGUCUAUGUCAUUAACAUAUGUAUAUAUUUUCUUUAUUAGAACCAUAUAAUUAUGUCACAUUGAAAUAAAGGUAAUAAUAAAGGUAACCCUCGCGUUCAUUAUCUGUAGCCGAUUCUUUACUGAUAUCUUAAUAGUGUUUAUUUUUUAAAUAAAUAAGUAAAUAAAGCUGACUAUUGCCGAAUUCGACUCAUUUGCGCCCCCUUGUGGUGGCACUGAAAUGAACCACAGUGACCUACAUUCUUUCUGUAGUCUUUUUUUUUUUCCCACCCAUGCAAAAACCUACACACAAGAAAAGCACGAACCCUUCCAGAUAUUUCCACUAAAACCUCCAGCAGCUCUGUGCAAGCUUGUGGACUCUGUAAAUGAACACUGGUUACUUUGUGAUUUAACGUGUGGCGUGAAAUAAAUUAUUUAUGUCCAAACA